UGUUUCUAGAAUUAAAUUACAAUCCCUGUCGGAAACACUAUACACUCGAUGCGCAUGCUCGCGGUUCAGUACAUUUCGUGCCCAUGAGGAGACGAUGUUCGAUCUAGGAUAUUCCACUUGUCAUUCGCAAUGUUUGCAAGCAUCGUCUGUUUUUAUUUAAUUUUCGGCGAGCAACAAGGACGAAGCGAUUCCGCGAAUAUUGCAAACGUCAGGUGAAAUGGACCUAUAGAGGCUCGUGUCGUUGAUGGAUUCAAGAUGGCUGCGAAACAUCGUAGCGGAGAAUGUUUUAGCAGUUUCGACGGAAACGCGUAAUAUUUUUACAUCCUCGACGAUUCGUCCAUCGCGCCGUCCGUGCACCUCAGUCGUCGACUUCGUCGAGGUCUCCUCGCACCUCUGCGACAGUCGCUCGAAGGAGAGCCGCGAAAAAAAUGGCGCUCUGUGACACUAGCUGAUUCUUGCGAAUACCUCCGAUGUCAUUAAGGAGGAUGAUUUCUCAAAUUUUCCGGCGUUCUCGCCUUUGAUUGAAGCGAAUCUACUUGCGAUCACCGAUAUGGCUCUUCAAUUGAAUCGCAAACGUGACUCGUCCGUCAGUUUUACCAGAGCAAAAGACGAUAGCGAAGAUGCCGAGGACGAGAUUCACAUAUCUCUGGCGCCAUAUAUACAGACAUACUUGGCGCACAGUAGUCAGGGAUUGGGAUGCUGUGGUAUCAGUCUACCCGUACCGUUCGAACGUGCAGCACCACGAUCAUGGUGGAAUCCUAGAUUCGAUUCGGAAAUUCUCGAGGAACAGUUUAAGAGAAGUGCCUUUCCUCAAAUUAGAUUAAGAUUUCGAUAUGCUCUUACGUAUAUCCUAUUGGUGUCCUUAUCAUGGCUGAUGUACUUUGUGAUAAUCGGCAUCGAGAACGAUACAUCGACAUGGGCGACGAUAGCGGGUCUUUUCGCUAUCGUCGCCGCCAUGGUGUCGGCCGUACUUUAUUUAACGUAUACGGAUUACUACAGAUGUUAUGUAUUAACGACUUCUCUGGGGGUCGCAUCCACACUCUGUUUCCUAUCCUUAUUCUUCCUUGCCAUGAUACCGCCAUACGUGGACGGACUAACAUUGGUCGGACAUUUUGCUCUGUGCUCAGAAAUUUUACUGAUAAUUUAUACAGUGCUGCCGAUGCCGCUUUACGCCUGCGUGGGAAUAGCCACGCUUUAUUCAUUGAUGUUUGAAAUCUUGACUGCCUAUCUGUAUGGCUCGAAGGACGCGCAACACAGUGAAUGGAUUGUACGAAAUAAUUCCUCAGGAUCAAAUAAUGCGACGGCGGAAGAAGCGUUGGUACUUAUGCGCUCAUCCCUAAAGGAUCCUCUAAUUGUUGCUGGUGUACAGAAUGUGAUACGUAAUAUUAGUAAUUUUACUACAACAAUUAGCAGUACAGAAGCGAUAUCAACGAUGCUACAUGAAGAUAAAGAUACGAUACAAAAUAUCGGGCAGGGAUUUUUAGAACGAGAGACGAAAGCUCAACAAUUAUACGGUGCUCUAACUGACCCGAAUAUCUUGACGAGAUCAAAUUCCAGCAUCCUAUCUAUUAUUCGGUCCACCAUUAGCUCAACUGUAAAUGCAUCGCCUAUAGAUAAUUAUACUAGUGAUAAGAUACUCGAUGUCAGUGACAUCGAUUUUUCCACGAAUCUCGCGAUAAGGAUCUUGAUGCAGAUUUGUAUUCAUUUGAUAGGCAUGCAUAUCUUGAUAAUGACCUUUGUGAGAAUGCGUGGUACAUUUAUGAAGGUCGGUCAAUCUUUGCUGGUCCGUCGACAAUUGGAAGUAGAGAAGCAAUUAAAAGAAAAGAUGAUACAUUCGGUGAUGCCGCCAAAGGUUGCGGAUUGGCUUAUGGAAGAGAGCGAGCGCGAGAGAGAGCGAGAGGAUUCUCUGAAAAAGGGCUCGAUACCAUCCAAUAACACGGACAUCCGUUCGUUGUUUCGUCCAUUCAAUAUGCAUUCUAUGGAAGAUGUGAGUAUCCUGUUUGCCGAUAUUGUUGGAUUCACCAAGAUGAGUUCCAACAAAACUGCCGAAGAACUUGUAGCCAUACUCAACGAUCUGUUUGAACGUUUCGACGACCUCUGCGAGCAUCACGGAUGCGAAAAGAUCUCUACGUUGGGGGAUUGCUACUAUUGCGUAAGCGGAUGUCCCGAACCAAGAUCCGAUCACGCCAAGUGCUGCAUAGAAAUGGGAUUAGCCAUGAUCGAAGCUAUAAAACAAUUUGACAUCGAGAGACGAGAGGGCGUGAAUAUGAGAGUAGGCGUCCACACAGGCACUGUGCUCUGUGGAAUUGUAGGCACCAAGAGAUUCAAAUUCGAUGUCUGGUCGAAUGACGUGACCUUGGCAAACAAGCUAGAGAGCACGGGAAAGCCCGGCCGUGUGCAUUUGAGUGAGAAUACUUUGAGAUUUUUGGGAGAUCAAUAUAUCACGGAAAGUGGAGAACUAGUCAAUGGUGUUAAAACUUACUUCAUUAGAGCCCGUAAAUCAGAUUUUGUGAAUCAAUUUAUCACAAAGGUCACGUCACCCAAGAGUAUCUCGCCAUUGAUGCAAUCGCGGAGUCGUCUGGCAUCGUGUAACAAUCAAGUUAAGCCGCGUAAUCACUAUCUUCACAUGGUCGCCAAUGCGAGCAAUUACAGGAUGAAGGCCAAUUCCUUGCCUAGUAUUUUAGAUUCUGAAAAUGAUGGUGAUACCAUGGAUGAUAAAGAGGAUUCGAACAAAAGUCCGACAUCCACCGCUAGUUAUGGCAAGAAAAAAGUGCGGAGUAAGCCGUGGAAAUAUCUACAGAGACAACGAACAACAGAAGAAAUGAUACCUUUGGAGAUAGAAGAGGGAAGAAAUAUCAUUAUGAGACAAGCAAAACUCGAUAUUCAGACAUACGAAGAAUGCAAUGGAUUUAGACGAAUCCCUCUGGAUAAUGGCGUUGAAAUGGAUCCAAAUCCUGUACCUUCUAGUCCUUUAUUAUCUGGUCAAGAGCCGAUUAGUCAUGCUUCUUCCAUUUGUAGUAGAAAAGAUUCAGGUAUCAAGAGUAAUAGCAGGCGAAGUAGUAUACAACAACAGUUGUUCCUAUUGAAUGGCAUGGCCCAGGGUGAUUUAUUAGGACACAGGGUCAGUGGUUAUUAUACCUCUAGUUCAACGUUAAAUUCCACUCACGAACCUUCGUCAUCAGUGCCCCCUUAUCCGUUUCCCCCGAUGGUAACCGAUACAUUCGGCCAGUGUUUUCAUAAAUUACGCAAACAAUCUGAUCUCCAGUUAAUUAGGUGUGUGCAAGACAAUGUGAGCUCUCAGCGCUCGUACUUCGUUAAACCGCCACUUUCGAGUGUUACUCUCUUCUUCAAGAAUGAGGAAAUGGAGAGAGAAUAUCGAGAAAAUGCGCACAAAAUUAGUGAGAGUAUCGGCGAUAAUCCUCCCACUCUGGCUACCUCGAGAUUCAACACGUACUUCGACAUCUUGAUAUCUGCCUUGGUCUAUACAGCUAUCACAAUCUCACUUUUUCUUCUCUGUAAACCGACGAUUUACUACAUGGUGUUCUCUGUACUCACCACCGCUGUUCAAGUUAUCGCGGUGUUACUCUGCAUUCGGCAGAUUCUCUAUCCACAUAGGGCUCAUACAACGUUUACGCAGAAUAUUUUCAGAUUCUUUUCCCGAUGGUAUCCGUGGCAUGCGUGCGGCGCAGUUCUGGUCGGUCUACCGAUCAUCUCCAUCUUGCUUAAUUUCACGUGCAACAGCUUCCGGAGUCUGAACAAAUUUGAAUAUUACUAUAGCUACCUAAUUUUCGUCGGACUGGUUCAUUUUUGCAACUUCACGCAACUCAACUGUUGGAUGAAGAAUCUACUAGUUACCCUCACCGGCAUAUUAUUCAUCUGCCUUGUGGUAAGUCACAUAUCCCCGUAUCAUCAGAAGAAUCUCAGUAAUAUUAAUAGUAGUAGCGAUCCUGGCAACAGUUCACAGUUGAUGCAAUUGGCAACAUUGCAUCCAAAUUUAUUCAAAUCGCGGGCGAGUGAACGGAAUAAUCUAGAUGGUUCAGGGAAUCUUUUGAACGCAACGAGAGAUUUUAUCAUCUCGGCUGCUGCGACAAAAAUGCCGGUCGUGAAACAUGUAGAUCGACAAGAAAUGUCUGCUACGAUUCGAAGAGAGACUUACACCGGGUAUAACGAAAGAUUAUACAAUUCGGAAAUAUAUUUAGAUAUGAUGCUGUUGCUGUUGCUAGUCUGGUUUCUGAAUCGUGAGUUUGAAAUCAGUUAUAGAUUGUGUUUUCAUGGUAACGCAGUCGCAGCGCGCGAUAAGACGCGCGUUCAAGCGAUGAAGAAUCAGGCCGAUUGGCUGCUACACAAUAUCAUACCGAAAUAUGUAGCUGAUCAGCUGAAGACUACCGCCAAAUACUCGCAGAAUCACAAAUCCGUGGGCAUCAUCUUCGCCAGUAUCGUCAAUUUCAACGAGCUAUACGACGAAUCGUAUCUGGGCGGUAAGGAGUAUUUACGCGUGCUCAAUGAGCUUAUAGGUGAUUUCGACGAGUUGCUGGAGGAGCCGGACUACGCGAACGUCGAAAAGAUCAAGACAAUCGGCAGCACAUUUAUGGCCGCGAGUGGUUUGAAUCCGCAAGUGAGACAACAAAGCGAGCACGAGUACACGCAUCUAUUCCAGUUGCUCGACUUUGCUGUAGCGAUGCACAAAGUGAUAUAUGAUUUCAAUCGGGAUCUGUUGGGCUUCAAGCUGAUCCUACGAGUCGGCUACAAUUACGGUGAUGUCACAGCCGGUGUGAUCGGCGCUACUAAAUUGUAUUACGAUAUCUGGGGCGACGCAGUCAACAUUGCAUCGCGGAUGGAUUCCACUGGGGUCGCCGGUAGGAUACAAAUGGCCGGCAAUUGUCUGAAUGUCCUAUCGGAACGAUAUGAGUUCGAACCGCGCGGACAGGUGUAUGUCAAGGGUAAGGACAACAUGGAUGUGUUUUUGCUAUUAGGGAAGAAAAAGAACUGAUUGAUGACCAAUGUUUAAAAAUGCCGAUAUUCUGCACGAUCAUAGUAUAUCGAGACGAUCCGAUACUACUUGUGGCCUGGAACGACCAUAGCAUUUAAAAUAGGAUCUGGCUAUUCUUAGUAUCUGAACAUUUUUAUAGCUUAAUAUUUUACCGUGCUUGUUUUUCGGAAAGCAUAUGAACUGAAUUGUACGAAUUAGAUUGCAUUAAUCUUUCUAAUUUUUAUUUUCAGUUAUCCCUUUUAAUGCAUAUUCUUUAUGCAUUAAACAUAUUGUCAAU